GCACUCCCAGAUUCAGCACCAGCAAUCAAGAAUGAGAAGUCGUUUCGAUACGGGAUCGAACUCAGUGCCAGGAGCAUGAUCAAAGCCUUUGACACGAAUGACAACGGCAAUGCGCGAACCAAGUCAAAACCAAGUCAUACGCCCCAUCGAGGGGCAGUACUAUUUAAAGUGCCUGAAGCCAGACCAGAUCUUCAUCGGUCUGGUGUAAGCUCAAUCAAUGCACUCGGAUCCACUCCCAUUCGAAGGCGACGCCCCGGACGCACACAAACUCAUCUACGAGGUGUACGAGAAUACAUUUAUAAGCUCCAUGGCAUGGAAGGUGGGAGGAUCCACGAACCAUAUUGCCGUCGCCUGUUGGCGGACACUCUGCAGAGAGAAGGAGGAGGAAGAAAAGGCCAGGAACGCCCUUCUCGGACCAGGAAACGGGGCUAUCCGAACCCUCGACUUGUUCCCAAUCCAGAUAGUCGAUGUCGUAUAUGAGGUCCUUUCGCACCUCCACCCUCUGGAUCUGAGCCACGUGGCGCGCGCAAACAAGUUCUUCCGUGGACUGCUGCUCUCGCCUCAUGCGAAUUCAAUAUGGAGGGCAGCGUUCGACAUUGAUGUGGUGGAGGAUCAGAAUACCUUUUCGAUCCCUACGUGUCCAUACCACAUUCCUGGAAGGAGAUGGGCCAAGCUGUUGUUUGGGGCGGAUAUCUGUGAGUUCUGCGAUGCGUCGGACACAAGACCGGAUUACACAAUCUACCGACGUCUGUGCACCAGUUGUAUGAAUCAGGAACUAUCUCCAGGGGUCCCGGGUUAUGACUCCUUUCAUUCAGUGCAAGCUUUGGUACCCCAAUCAUAUCGCCAUGACGGCCGUCAGAUUAGACCGAAUUCCGCCUUGGGGAGGAUGUGGCCCGGAGAUGGCGCCGACUUCGCGAGAAAGUACACUUAUCUGGCCGAACAAUCGCCUUCUUCAGAAGGUUCGUUCAGCGAUAGUGAGGCCUCUACACCGCUCCAGAUGUUUGUGGUCAGAAGCAAGAAGAUCCUCAGAGAGACCGAAGACCGCGCGUUAGAGGCUAUGGACUGGGCAGAAAAUAUUACCGAUAAUGUAUUCUGGGACGCGCAGAUACGUGCUCACGCUGUGACGAAAAGAGCCAUUAAGCGACUAAUCGAGGAAGGCCACAAUGCCCAGGAUGUUUCUCUAGCCGCGGAGAACCGAUUCUCUGAAAGCGUACAUUUGAUGCACUUUCCUCGUUUGACGUCUAGACGUUGGCACAAAAUCCGACCAUACCUUCUUCCCCUUGUAGAAUCUCAUCGGGAAGCCCGACUACUCCAACAACGCCUUGACCUCAUCCAACGGCGGAAGGUCACGUUCCUAGCUGCUGUCGCUCAAGUUCUCUCCAACGCUCCACACCAAACUUGGGUAUACAAUCCCCCGUCAUAUACACUGGAGACCAUGGCCGGUGUCAGCGAGCUUCUGAACGAUCCCUCAGAUGGGGAAUUGGCUCCCAACGAUCUACGCAUCUCCGACAUCUUGUCUGUCCUGGGUCAGUUUGUCGCGAAUUGGAGACACGAGAAGAAGCGGCUCUUGGCCUCACUGCUUCCGCGUUCAGAGGAGAAUCCUGACAUACAGAGGCUCGACCUUGUGACGAGUGUUUUCACUUGCCUCGGCUCCUGGUCCGAUUGGUCGCUGAACACUUCCGGACGUUCGCUCAUCGGAUGGGCUGGGGCAGGUUCCCACCUGCAAUGUCGGAGUCUCGAAGUAUACUGGGAUCGCCGUCUCCAUUACUGUUCUGAAGGUGCAUCCGCGGCUGUUGAGCUGAUGCGACUGGUCGGGCUUGAUCCUGCGACGACGACGGUCGACCAGAUGGAUAUGGUCUGUGGGACCGGCAGACUGUGCGGCAAUGAGAAACGCUUCAUCUGUAUGCUGUGUCCCGCUGUCAGCUGCAAAGGUGGUGUUGGCCGCCCGGUGAUGCACUGGCGAGAAUGCGUCGCUCAUGUGAUCAAGCAGGUUCGCGAUUCAAACAACGAAGCACACAGAUCCCCGUCCUGGGGUCUGCUCUCAGAGGAAGCGGCAGCUCAUAUUCGACGUUUCGAAACCCUCGAUCCCUAUGUUCUCAACGAUGCCUGGUUCUGUGCGCUGUGUCCAGCCCAUUACGACAACUAUAGACCACGAGCUGAAGUCUUGCAGCAUGUCCGGGACCAGUACGUCAUGACUCGAUGUGCUCGGUCAUCGCUAGAGAUCCAUUUCUAGACACCACAUCGCACGUCCGCUCGACGGUGCUCACUACUUACACAAUCCCUCCGUUAAUCGGACCCCUAGGUCUCCGGUGAUGCUCGCUCAAGAAGGCCAGAUCCCCGAAUUUCGAUGCAAGCAUUGCCCUCCGGGUGCGACUCGUUUAUAUCCGCUUCGCAGCAUCACGCGCCAUCUGGCAGACAGUCAUGCGAUUGCAAGGCCAGAUGAGCGAGAUUGGAAGGUUGUCAGACAGAUCCUGCGGGUUACUGUAUAAUCAAGCUGUCGGCAGAAAAAGCUCGCGGUCUCUCCGAAGUACCUUUUAUCGCUUGUGGUCCUUUCAAAUUAGGAUGUUCUUUCAACAAAGAGGCUGCGCGUCGGCGCAAACAUGGCGAAGCCGAGUUUGUCGGGAACGCCGCGGCCAUUGAGCUCGAUGCUCGAUAUAGCUACGUGUCCCAACGCGUCGGUAUCCAUUCGCUCUGAGUACGGCAUUGGCACGCAUCUGUCCUGCUCUCGACUGCCAUGACUCAAAAACCACACACGACUGUUAAUAGGCAUGUUUCUGAUGACCUCGAGAUCUAUCGUAUCUUCCGCGAAUCGACCCUGCUGAACGCAAGAAGCAACUAACGAGGACAGAAUCGUUUUACAUGAGCGGUGCCACUCGGGCGACCCUGAAGGAACCCUGGCCAGAUGCGUUCGGGUCUGGAACCACUCGAGCUCUUCUACGUCGUCCGUCAUCCUCGCAAUCAGCGCUGUGCGACUUCGAACCGACAAGUGUGGAUUUUGGGGUGGCGGACAGACGGUCUGGCCAUGGCCGGAGAUCUCAUGCGUCGCUCGAGAGACGGCGCCGGGGCGGUGUUAGGCACGGCGAGUGUGCGUUUCUUACCCUUCCCUGCAUUGGCGUGCUCGAUAUACGCAUCCCUUUACUUCCAUGCGUCUUCACCGCUGGCUUGCACGUUCUGGCCGCCCGCCGCGUCAGCUCGACUGGGCCUGGGAACGAUCCUUGUGCUCGCUGUCACGGUGCAUGCACUCCAUUUCGACCCAGUAGCGCGAGAAGCACACACUCAAGUUCCCAUGUGUUCUGCAACCACAGCAACUCCAUUCGACGUUGCCUGCAAGUUACACUUGCAAGCGAGAUGCAUGUGCGAGAUUUCACCCUUACUCUGGCUUUUUCGACCGUCCUUGGUCUCCAAAUGCAGACACGGAUCCACCGUUCGAGAAGACAGGGAGCGGCGCAAAAACCCUUGACAGGUUGACAAUGAACACCCGGUUCACAGCAGGUUCGCAUGUUGUGCGUGCCAUACCCAUCCUCGCCCCCUUCUCUUGCAUCUUCUUGCACAGUCGGGCCAUGCGGUCGCAGCAGAACGCGCGGCCGAUCUGGCCGGGAGAAAAAGCUGUGGUGCAGAUGGCCCAGAGCUAGCCGGUGAGAAAAAGUGUCCGGACAGGCAGAGGAUAUCAUGGAUCUGAAUUACGGGACGCGCGUGCUGAGGUCGUGAGGCAGAUGCUGUCGUGGGUCGCACUCGCUCCGUGACCGACGCCUCGCUGCAUAAUAAUCCCCUGAAUGGACGCAUAUGUGUCGAAUGAAUGCGCUGGCACAGAUCACAUCUCCGACCUCAACUCAUGCCGAAGCGCAGUAUCGGCUGUGGCGCUGCUGUGACUGGUCGAUCCUUGCUUCUGUGUGCGGACAAAAUGGACCCCGUUUUACUAGUGCUGCGUCGGUGAUCGGGAGAAGCCUUUCAACUGGAUGCUGUGUCUGUUUUCUGUGUUUUUGCUUUUUUCAAAUCUUACUUAGUGUGAAGCAUCGCUCUGAACGGGUUGCGGAAAAGACCGACGGUUGUCAGCUGACAGGCGCUCGGCCUUUGUGACUCAUAUGAAUGCGGCUCGAGGCGCAGCCCUCCGAAAAGCACCAUCGGCUGGACGAGAUCCGUGGGCGAUUAUCCGCUGCAGUCUCCGGCGGCAUAGCCAAUUCAAAUUGUUCAUGUUUUUCCGCUCUGAUUUACAGCAAGUGUGUGUUCUCCGCAAGGACGCAAUAGUUGGUUGUUAUAGCAGCCGUUGUUACUGCCCGGACCCACUGUGACAGCAUGAUGAAUUUUCAAGUCUCCAAAGUUCCAUGGCCGGGAACGUGAUUUUGGAGUCUGUGACGAGUGUCCGCUUAGAAUAGAGGCGCUGGGAGUGGGCGCAAAAAUGAUGCUUUGGAUGACGUCGACCAGCCCCGCUGAUGGAUUCCCAUCGAGCUCUCAAGUCCUCCGGGUUGGAUGAGUGGAUAUUGCAUCGCCAAAGUGGAGGCCGCGUCAGGCAGGUCGCCGACAGCCAGUCUGGCUCAGACUCGGCGACGCAGCCACCCAUCCUCCAACCUCCUGGUCGCACCGGCCAAGCUCGCGCUGAAAUCACGCGCGAAAUCUCGAUGUUCCUAAUCCAGCCCACGAUAGGAUCUGAUGACAUAAAAUUGAUUUUGAAUCUGGUUAUUUCUUGUUUGGCCGGAAACCGGGUAUAUAAGACAGGGCGGCCGUUGCCUAGUCGUAAGAAACCCCGCAUCGACACUCCCUCUGCGUGCAGUACCCCGCGUGCCUACCACAAUGUCCGCCGCCACCGCAACCACCCCUCAGAUCGGCGUAUCCACCAAGAUGUGGGCGACAAACACACACUGGUCGUUAUACAGCCAGUGCUGCUUGUGGGAUACCGUUCAACGACGCGUUCAGGUGUGGGAGUGCAUCCGUGAUCACGAUUCUAUACCCGGCACUGAGCCACCCAACACAUCCUACUGGCGAUUCAUCGCGUACAGAUGAUGUCCCCACCCUGUGCGCGCGUGCGCACCACCACCUUCUUGACUCGGAACACCCACCCCUCAGCAACAAACCUGCGCUGUCGCCCUGAGAUGAUCAGUCCAGUCCCCUUGCCCGCCGCCAGCUCCAUACACCGACGAUGCCCUAUUUAUGGUGCACGUGCACGGCUUGCUUCCCGCCUUCACGGUCUGUGCGCUCGCCGAGUUCGGAAACGGGUGCCCAGUGGAGGAACAUGCUAUUUAUCCGUUGUCCCAUGUCAUACACUGUGGGACUGCGUUCAGCUAUCGUACUGCGCAGCGUUGGUUUCCCUGUCAUUGGGCCUUCCUAGUAUCUCAUCGUGCAUAACUUAUUGCGAAUUCUGUGAUAAUUCAACUGGUUCUCCGCUGUUCUGUGCGACUACAUUUUCCGCCUUCCGGAGCCAAGACAUCAAUCAACGAAAUCAGGCAUGACGCAGAGGUGACGUCAGUCAAUUUCUCUCCAGCACGAUCGCGUCUUUGCGCGUGCCUCGCUGCUUACCUUGCUACUCGCACGUCCUCGUCUUCGUCAUCGCCCCGAGAUAACAACCCGGGGAGGUCCUCCUGACCGCGGAAGGCAGAAUCUGCAAUCUGCACUAGGCUCAUACUGGGGCAUCAUCGCGGUCUGUCACCGUCACGGGGUGGCCAUCGCGAACAGUCAGUCGUCGGUCUGGAUCGUGUGUCCUUCAGCCAGCUGAGCUUGCUAGUGCUUGCCUUCUCUUCGAAUCCAUCUCCCACGACAUCGGCCGCUUUCGCAGAGGGAGCCGCAAUUCUAAGUUUAACUUGCCCCUCGCGUAGCCCUUCGCGGGACAGGUCAGUAGUAAGCAGCAGCAACAGCAGCAGUCCUCUCGUCCCUUCGGCGUACAUACAGCCGCCUAAUGCACAGCCCAGCACGGGUCAUUGUUUUGGACACGUCUGGAUUGUAAUCCACCAGUACAAAUCGCCUGUUGGGGUCUGCGAUCGCAUCCAACCGCUAGGAACAAGGUUCGACGGCCUUACU